AUGUCGACCGCAGUUGCACCCGCGACAGCGGCUCCGUUGUCCUCACCACAUACAACUCGCGACCCGAGCCCAAAGAAUUGCCCGACCUUGGCCCCGCCAGGCCCCAGCGCCCCGUCUGCCUCAUCACCGUCCCGAAUGUCGACAACUUCGCAAGAUGGCUCGUCGGGGAAAGAUUCUCCUUCCGACAAACAGGUCCCAAUUUCCCCAUCCCGGAAUGCAAAUCCUCCUCCCAGAAUCACAGUGAAAAAGGAACCCGCGUCGUCGCCACGGAUGCAGACCCGACCUCGGCCUCGGAAAUUAGACCUCUCGACUAGUCUGUCGUCUGCCAGCGGCUUGACAGUUCGCCCCCCCAACGGGCCCAUGACGGCUCGCGACGGAGUUAAUAUGCAAGAUGUUGGAUUGGCCUGUCUGUCGCCCGGUUUCCAGACGCAUGAUCCCGUCAUGAGAGAGCAGUUGCAGCGGAGUAUGUCCGUGCGAGAGCAGCAGCGAUCGAUCAUUGAAUCGCGGCUCCAGAAAUCAGCCAAAGAUGACGGCCCCGAUGGAGUCCAGCCGUCCGAAUCGUUCGGGUUGCCGAGGACCGGCUCCAAGAAGAGACCCCCGCCGGGUCUGUCAAUCGUCCCCCCAUCUGCCUCUCAAUUUGCCAACGAGCGCGUUAUUCAGUCCGCCCCGUUGAAUGCGACAUUCACCGGUUACCGGCCACAGCCGUUGACACGCCAUGUGGUCAAUCAUAGUCCAACGUUGGGCUCAGCAUCCCACGUACAUCAAAUGCCCGCGAAUCAAACGAACAACCGUCUUCCUCCGCUAUCCGAUGUCUUUGGGUCCGAUGCACUGGGUUCGCGUGAUCGCGAGCUUGGACGCUCCAGCUUCUAUCAGGGCUCAUCGCAAUCUAAUAACUUGGCUCCACACCCCUCCCCGGGCCUGCCCAUGUCCCAAACCCCGACCCGACCUCGCGAGUACCAUUCUGCCGAAGAGGCCGUGCAAGAGCUGUCUGGUGGCCGGGAAGAAUUACUGCCUCGAAUCGUGCACUAUGGAGGACAUCAGCCUCCCACCCCGCCGUCUCCACAAGUCGCCCAUGCCGGCCCAAAAACUGCACCACUUGGCCCUGACCCGAUGGCCAGUGCGGCCCCUGUUCCCCCUAUGCAAGCGGCCGAUAGCACCGCACGCCGUCGUCCGCGAAGUGAAUACGAACAGGACAAUGGCAGUCCGCCGCUGGGUCGUGGUCCCGAUCCUCGACCCAACCCGGCGAACAACGCUGGCCCAAAUGCCACAUUUCACGGUCCUUUUGGUGCAGGGCGGGAUUCUCCCGAAGCGCAGAGGAGAAAGAAGGAAGAGUUCUUGGGCUUGUGUGCACGAGCCUGGGACUUGUUCCAUUCGUGA